AUGAAUAGCCUGGGAUGUUUCAAGGACAAGCAAAAACUCAUAGAUGAACUCCUUUCAAUUCGGCAUAACACUGAAAAAAUGGUCUACUUCCUGCUGCUAGACCGGAAGCGGCGCCGUCCAGCUCAUGAAGAUGAGACAGAGAUUAUUCUCCGAGGAUCGGAUCAACACGGUGAUCCACCCAAGAAACGUACGGACUCUGCUCGAGCCAACAGAUAUGCCGUGGGUAGCAUUGCUGAUGGCAGUCCUGUCAAUCCCAGGAAGACAUACGGGUACGUUAGUGGUACUUUAAUGAUAGAGCGAUGUACGCUAGUAUUCACUUUGAAAUGUUAG